AUGACUACCGAAGUGCCUUAUUUCACGAACGCAGAGAAUGGAUACGUGCCAGCAAAGUUGGCCCACCACAGUACCCGUACCCAGCCGUUGAGGUUGCUGCGUUUCAUCGUAAACCAUGUCAUACCCGACACGGUAAAGUUCCUGUUGCAGUUAAUUCCACUGAUUCUGAGCGGUGUUGUUGGGCUGGUGCUGCCGACCAAGAGGAAAUCCAUCCACGGCCACACGGCCCUCGUUACCGGCGGUGCAAAUGGUUUGGGACGGGCGCUGUGUCUUCGAUUGGCCCAGGAAGGGUGUCAUGUGGCCGUAGUCGAUAUUGACCAGGUCGGAGCGCAACGGACCGUUGAAGAUGUGCGCAAGCUUGGCGUUAAAGCGGACGCUUUCUUAGCCGAUAUUGCGAACUACGAAGCGGUAGAACGGUUACGGCUGGAGGUAGAAACGAAACUGGGUCCGGUCGAUGUGCUGGUCAAUAAUGCCGGUCUGCUGGCAGUGCUUUCACUCAGCGAGGGUAAAGCCACCGAUCUGGAACGCAUCAUUAAUGUUAAUCUGCUCUCACACUUCUGGACAAUACGCGCAUUCAUGCCUGGCAUGAUCACUAGACACGGUGGUCAUAUCGUUGGAAUAGCUUCGAUCGCGGCUUACUUCCCGGUGGGACGCUUCAUUCCAUAUACAGUAUCCAAGUACGCCGUCCGGGCCCUGAUGGAAUCUCUCAACAGUGAGCUGAGGAUGGAUGGUUUGCAGAACUCGAUACAUACGACCUGCGUCUAUCCGGCCUUGAUUGCCACACGCCAACAGUUUAUGGAUAUGCUCGACAAGCUCAACUUCCUGAAACGAUUCUACGUUUUUACACCGGAACAGGUAGCGGAGCAAGUUAUCCGAGGAAUCCUCACCAAUAAAAGGGAAGUGUUUGUCCCAAACAUCAUGGCACUGUUUAGCAAACAGUUCGAAUGUUUACCGGCAAGCCUAAGGCACCUGUUGGUGUCCUGCGUUAUGAGAGGCAAAAUACCGAAGCUAACGACUUGA